CUUGUUCUGUCCAAAGAUUCACAAAGUCAACGCCAGCAAGUAGAAAGGAAGAAAGAGAUGUAAGAUCUAUGGUUCAUAAACAACAUGUCAUUAUCGACAAAGAAGUCCAAUCUCCCAGAAAAGCUGAAGAUAACAAUCUAUACAGUUACUCUUUACCUACUCCAGAACUAUUACCAAAGGUAAAUCCAAACCCUAUUCCUAUGCAAAGAUUCAAGAAGUCAUCUUCAGCAAGUAUACAAAGACUAAUUGAUGAAAACGCCAUGGUUCAUAAACAACCUGUCAUUAUAGACAAAGAAGUCCAAGCCCCCAGAAAAGCCAAACAGAACAAUCUAAACAGUUAUCCUUUAUCUACUCCAGAACUAUUACCAAGGGUAAAUCCAAACCCUAGUCCUAUGCAAAGAUUCAAGAAGUCAUCUUCAGCGAGUAUGCAAAAACUAAGUGAUGAAAAGGCUAUGGUUCAUAAACAUGUCAUAACCACAGAAAAUGAAGUACAAUCUCCCAGAAAAAUCUUGAAGAAAAAUGAGAACUGUAAUUCUUUACCUACUCCAGAACUAUUACAAAGGGUAAAUCUAAAAUCUAUUCCUAUGCAAAAAUUCAGGAAGUCAUCUUCAGUGAGUAUACAAAAACUAAGUGAUGAAAAAGCUAUGGUUCAUAAACAUGUCAUAACUACAGAAAAAGAAGUCCAAUCUCCCAGAAAAAUCUUAAAGAAAAAUGAGAACUGUAAUUCUUUACCCACUCCAGAACUAUUACAAAUGGUAAAACAAAACCCUUGUCCUGUGCAAGAUUUUAACAAAUCAUUGCCAGCAAGUACAAAGAACCUAAGUGAUGUAGAAUUGACUAAAGAACCUCGCAUUACAGAAGUAAAAGAAAUCCAAAGUAUUGACUCACAAAUAUUAAGGAAUCGUGAAUCGUUUCCAGCUGCUGAAGAUGCUGAUGAGUCUGAUGAAGAUUGCCUUUCGAUAUUUGUGGAUGAUAAAUUAUUGAGUCCGCCAGUAGAAACAGAGUAUUCUAGCCACUCACUUGAUGGGGAAAUAAUUCCUCAGAGAAUAAAUACUGAAUUUAAAAAAGAUAAAGCAUUUGAUGGUGUUGGAGGAUCAAAAUUGACAGAUGAUUCAAAAAGAGAAAGAACGACAUCAACAGAAAGUGCUAAAACGGCAACAAGCUACAUCCACUGGACACCAAAUCUAGUUUAUGAUGCUGGGAAUUGGGUGAAAGCAAAUACUAGUAUGACUUCAAUAAUGAGUGGUGCUGAAGCUUCCUUUAAAAGUGAAUCCCCCGAAAUCCAAAACUCGAGUUCUACAGUUUAUUUGCCAAACUUCUACGCAGAACACAAAGAUGCGAUUGAAAAUGAUCAAGAAGCUACCAGUUUAGAAACAGUUACACAGAAAGAUGAUAAGGUAGAUGACAGAAAAGUUUCAAAUAAUUACAUAUCUCAAAUUACAUUGGACAAGAUAGUUCCAAAGGGAGAUAAAGUAAAAGUAGAAGAAACUGUCUUACGAACAGUGGUAAACAAAAGUAACAAUGAAUGGGCUACUUACAAAGAAAGAAAUCAAACAGAAGAAAGAAAUAUACAGGCUCAAAUUCACGUACCAGCUAACCAAACUGAAAAGGCAACGAAGAUAAUACAACCUUUGUUUACCACAGUGUUAAAGAGCAUUGUAGACAUUGUUAAAAUCGCCAACGAACUAGAGUGCUUCAGUCUCCGUGUGAUAUUAAAAGCUGUGUUGGUGUUGUUACAUAAAUUUUCAUCGGAACAUACUGAAGAGAAUCCAACAGCGGCUUGGAUGCACAAAGCUGUGUACAAUGUCACUUUACCAAAUAAAAGAAGUCCAUUUGUACACCCAAAAAUUCAAGCUCUUCUUCUUCUCUUGCACAUGAUCAUUGAUAAAUUUACCAAUGAAAAAAACGCUGAAGAGAAGAGGAAAUUUGUGGAAGAGGGACUUUAUUUCAUGGAAUUGGCAUUUCUUGAUACAAUCCUGGAAUUCAGACAAUCGAAAGCAAUAUUCUGGCUAACCAUUGGUAUGAUCUACACUAUACUGGCUCGACACUACGGUUUCUUAGCGAGGGUGCGAAAGUUGAUGUACGACAUGUUCUACUGCUUCACCCGACGCUCUCUAGUUGUAGCUCAUGCAAUGUUGCUAUUAUGGCCUUCUGUGUUACCCCCAAAACCCAUUGAGUUCUAUUCUGAUGAUCCAUUGAGGCUUUGUAUAAUCCGGCAGUUAACUUGUCCGCCAAAAUUUAACCAGGUGGGACCAAAUGUUCAUAUUCGAAAUUUGCAACGUUUCAUGAUGACUAAGUACAGAUACAAGGAAGACACUGUAGACCCAGAAAAGCUGUUCAAUUUGUGCAUGGAACAUCUUGAACAACAAGGUGUGUACAAAGCUGCUGUGUUGAUGAUCAAGCGCCAGCCACCGGAAUGGUUCUUGGGCCGGCCUUAUAAGGAGCUGUUGGACAAAGUCAGGAGCUGGUGGAAGGGAGGAGAAGAGUGCAGUGACGUCGAAGCAGUUAAUGCUGUCAAUAUACUCUGUACGGCGUUAAGACCACAAGACAUUUUAUGUCCUAAGGUUCAAACUGAAUUGAGAAGAACCCUCAGUCUCCUGGAAGAUAUCUUGCUUGAUGAAUGGACGCCAAUUUGGAUGCAAGAGGUGAUUGUAAAGAACAUCUGUCUCCUAACUAGACUCAACCAUGUGGAGUGUUUGAAAACUAUCGUAAAGUGGAAACCGUCAGAGGUCUCUGAAGACGUGGUGGAUCAUAUUCAUCAUGAUGUGAUCAACAAACAGACCAAAGAAUGGUGGACUUCAGCAGUUGGUUCUUCGUUUCUCAGGCCUUCGUAAAACCUCUAGUCGUUCAUAGGAUCCUCAAACGUGAUAGAACUGUACAGUUAGUGCAAUAAUUGUUUUUAUGUUAAUGUUUUUUUAUUUCCAGAAAAUAUGUAAAGUUUGUUUUUAUUACUGAUGUAUAAUUUUAAGUAUUAUUUUAUUGAAAUUUUUAGGAAACACACCGUAAGAGUUUUAUUUGUUUUUUAAUGUGGAUGAAAACUACAUAUUUUUCAAAUAUCUAAAAUCUUAGAAGGUAGUUGAAGUCAAGCCUUUUUUGUUAUUGGAGAAAUUAAAAUGAUACUAUUUAAAUGGGGGUUGACUUAAUAGUUUGUAAUUUGGUAUUUUUUACCGCACAAAUUGUAAAAAUGAUACAUAAACCAAUAGUUUAGGAGUGAUGGCAGUAUUUUCUUUAUAUAAGCCUAAAUAGUAUAAUAAUUACCCACCGUUGUAAACAUCUAGUUCAUAAACCCUGUUAAAUACUGAUUAGUUGGCUUAAUGAAGCUUCAAUGGUACAUUUGGUGCUGAUGAUUUUUGUUAUUCUGUCAAAAAUAACUUGAUCUUCAUCCAACAAAACUUUAUAGUAUUAUACGGUAUCGAAUAUCGACACCAGUCAUUGGUAUCGACAAAAAAAUUAACUGUACAAAAAUACCGCUAUCACAAAAUAAGUGUUAAUUUUUUCCUCUAUCAAAAUUGUGUGAUAAGUGGGUGAAAUUUGGAUAGCUUACCUGGAAAAAUUUUUAAAUGCACAGUAAAAUGUCACCACGGUUCUUCAUCAAUCUAUCCCUGAAAAGUCCUAUAUUUAGGAUUAAGUAUCAUUGUUAUGUUAUGUAGACUUUAAUUUGGUUUCUAUUGGCUUAAGACAAAAAAUUUCUCUCGUAAGUAAGUAAACUUUAUUUAAAAAUUAGUCUGUUCAAACAAACAAGGAUAAGUUUUGCGUUGUUUUCAAAAUUACAUGAAAGCUUAAAAAAUACGCCAAAUUACACUUAGGCCUAUAGACUUACAAAUAUAUUUACACUUGUACUGUUUACUCACAAGACGAUAAAUAAA